AUGAAAAGAAUCUCUCUAAUAGAUGGUGAUACAUUUGAUUUCAUCGUGGUUGGCGCUGGGUCGGCCGGAGCGAUUGUGGCCGCACGACUCAGUGAAAUAAACAAGUGGAAGGUUCUUCUGCUAGAAGCUGGUGGUGAUCCACCACCGGCGAGCGUGUUGCCAAGUACUUUCGCGAUUCUCGCUCACACGGAAUACGACUGGAAUUAUAAAGCCGAUCUGGACAAUGGUACGGGACAGAGUCACGUUGAAGGGAGCAUCUAUAUGUCUAGAGGGAAAAUGUUAGGAGGAUGCUCAUCAAACAACUACGAAAUAUAUGCUCGAGGAGCGCCCCAAGAUUUUGAUGAUUGGAGUAAAGUAGCUCCAGGUUGGGAUUGGAAGUCAGUUCUAUAUUACUACAAGAAAUUAGAAAAUAUGACAGAUCGUACCGUUUUGGAAGAUCCUAACUCCUCAUAUUUAUAUUCAACCCGCGGACCCGUGGCUGUAUCGAGGCCUAAGCAAAAUCAAUACUUUGAAAACGUCGAUGAAACUGUACUAAACUCAUAUGAAGAAAUGGGAUUGAAAAGAGUUUUAUCUACAAACGGACCAGAAAUACUCGGCGUUUCUCGUCCACAGUUCACAUUUGCUAAUGGCAGACGAUCCAGUACAGCAGAGGCAUAUUUGCGACCACUUAGAGAUAGACGAAAUCUUUUUGUAACGAAAUACGCUAGAGUAAUAAAAGUUUUAAUAAAAUCAAACACAAGGAAGGCUUAUGGUGUUCAAGUUCAAUUGAAGUCUGGGGAAAUUAUUAAUGUUUUUACCAAUCUGGAGGUUAUUGUAUCAGCUGGAAGUAUUGAUACUCCCAAAUUAUUAAUGCUUUCGGGGAUAGGUCCUAAAGAAAUGUUGCAGAAGCACAAUAUAAAGAUGCUCGCAGAUCUUCCAGUGGGGAAGAAUUUGCAGGACCAUAACUUCACUCCCCUCAUAUUUACGGGCCAAAAGGGUUUUCAAACAGCCAUUCAGAACGUUCUUAUUACUACUGAAUUAGAUUCAUAUCCCACUCCUAUUCAAACUGGAUUUUUUAGGCUGAACUGUUCUUUUUGCCGUAACAUUGCCGUAGGAAAGCCUCACAUACAAAUAUUCAAUAUCCAUGCCGGGGCUACCGUUGCUCCGGGAGUAUUAUUUGGUUGCCGUACCAUUACAAACUACAACAGAAAUUAUUGCUUAUCGUUCAGUAAAGCCAAUGUACUAAACGAAAUUGACGUCACUUCACUCGUUCUUCUUCAUCCUUUAUCAAGAGGUCAAGUAAAAAUAAGGAGUACUAAUCCGUUAGACGAUCCUAUAAUAGAAUUAGGGUAUUUCAGGAACAAACAGGAUGUCAUGUUAGCCGUGGAAGCAGUUAAAUUCAUGAUGCAAUUUACCGAAACGUCUUACUACAAGAAAGUUGGCGGAAGACUUGUCAAACUAGAUGUUGAAGGUUGUCAAGGUAUUCCUUACAAUACGUAUGAAUAUUGGUACUGCUAUGUCAUAAGUUCAGCGACAUCAAUAUUACAUCCAGUAGGAUCCUGCGCGAUGGGAAGAAACGGUGUGGUGGAUGAACGGUUAAAAGUAUAUGAUAUAGAUGGUUUGAGGGUAGUCGAUGCUUCAGUCAUGCCCUUGCUCACAAGUGGAAAUACGAAUGCACCCACUAUGAUGAUUGGAGAAAAAGGCGCUGAUAUGAUCAAAGAAGAUUAUAAAAUACGGGUAAAGUGA